AUGGACAUUCUGAAUAUUGACUUCCAACUCAAGAAUGAUGCGUCUUUGAAAAGGCUUAAGUCCGGCAAAAAGAGCCAAAGUGUUGAUGAGUCGGAGGCGGGAUUCCAUUUUAUUGCGUUCGUCCCGGCAAAAGGAAAAGUAUGGAAGUUUGACGGGCUUGAACGCCAACCUCAAAGCCUUGGGAAUUAUGAUGGCGGAGACUGGCUGGGACUUGCCAAGCCUGAAAUUCAAUCGAGAAUGGCCGAAUACGAGGAGGAUCAAAUUGAAUUUUCAAUCCUCAGUCUCAGCAAAGACCCAUUAGACCAAUACGUCAGUCGACUCGCAUUCAAUGUAAACAGACUAAUCGCUAUUGAUGAACAAUUACUCAAACACCAACACCAUCAAGACGCCGUUACUUCUGAUGAUGCCACGAUUGUUGGCCCCGAUCUAUCAUUUGGAUUGACGCAGGAAUUCUUAGAACAUGCUACGUUGCCCGAAGUUGACAUUGAAGGAUACAAAACCAUGUCGAAAGAACACCUAUUAGAGCUUCGAAAGUCUUUUUCUACCCAGCAACACCAAGCACGUGCGGCAGUUAAAGAAGAAAUGCAGGCGCGGGAAGCCGACAAUGCUUAUGCGGCAAAAAGAAGGCACGACUACGGGCCUGCGGUCCAAACUUGGCUUCAGGCUUUGUUACGCCAGGUUGACCGCUGCGAUAUGUUUUGA